UAAACCACUUGUUGAUUAAUCUCGAGCUAUCGCCGGGUCAACAUUAUGAUAAUACCAAUUAUAUAAGGUGUUCUCGCUCCGGGUUGGCGUCAAAACAUGUUUUGGCAACUGAUUGCGGUCGCUAUCGUGGCGGCAUCCGGACAACGGAUCGACAAUCCGCAGUGGAACCGUAGGCCCACGGGCGAUCCGCCGAGAAAUAGAGAACUGAAACUGAUUCACAUCAUUUAUCGACAUGGAAUACGGACGCCUGCCGACACCUACCCGAAUGACCCGUACGCGAAUAGCGAGUUUUAUCCUAGCGGCUGGGGGCAACUGACCAAUGAUGGGAAGAGAAAAUUAUUUGAGCACGGUUUAUUCCUCAGAAACCGUUACGGGCACUUCAUAGGCACUCACUACUCACCCGACAUAUACUACGUGCAAACCACGGGCGUGGACCGUACAAAGAUGACGGCGCAGUGCAUCAACGCGGGGUUCUGGGCGCCCAACAACGACCAGUACUGGGGUAUACUCAACUGGCAACCGAUUCCCGUCAAUUCGGAGCCUCUGGAUACGGACAACCUUCUGUUAGUGAGGCGCCCGUGUCCUCAGUACCAUUUGGAAUUGGAAAAGGUGGAGCAUAGUCCCGAGAUACAGAGACAGUUGCAGGAGGAAGGUCCCCUAUUUACCGAGUUGAGUAGAAUUACGGGGAAGAAUAUCAAAAACUUCGAGGACGUGCAGGACGUUUACACGACGCUUAUGGCGGAGGAGGCGUUCGGAUUGCCACUGCCGGAUUGGACGAGACAGUACUAUCCGCACCGCAUGUUAAAAUCAACAGAGCUCAGUUUCGUACUCAACGUCUACAACGACCGGCUCAGCCGAUUUAAGGGCGGCGUUUUACUCAAGAAGAUGAUCGAGGACUGGAAGAGUGUAGCCGACGGAACUCUAAAACCGAAGCAGCGCAAGGCCUUCUUGUACAUCGGGCACGACACGACCGUCGUUAAUAUUCUGAGCGCGUUAAAGCUGUGGCAUCCGCAAGUGCCCGGCUUCGCCAUAAAUACGUUCUUCGAGUUUUCGCAGGACCUAAACACGAAAGAGUACGGAGUCGAGGUGUUCUUUAGAAACUCCACAGAUCCGCACGCGGUCCCGUACCAACUAACCAUCCCCAACUGCGAAAAGUUCUGCCCGCUGGAUCGACUGAUACAGUUGACUUCGUCCGUCGUACCCGACGAUUGGGAGGAGGAGUGCAAGUCGGACGAUCCCAAUUUCACGGUGCCGCCGCCGCGUCCGCCAUAAGUACAAAAACGACGCUUUUUAACAAAUUCUAUAAUUUUUACAUUUUGUGUUAAUUUUAAUAUAAAUCACAUUCAAUAUUGGCACGUAAAAAGAA